CGCCCGCGUGGUCGCCACCACCGCAGCCGCCUGAGAGGAGCUGGGGGAGGACGGUGGCCCGCGAGGCUCGUCGCAGACAACGCGGCGGCGAUGUCCGCGAGCCAGGCGAGUGCCGCGGCGGCAGCGGCGGGGCCUCGCACGCGGCAGGGCGCCCUGGCCUUCGGCCUCCCUCCGGUUCCCAGGAAGCGAACUGGCGGCCAGCGCGGGAGCAGCAGCAGCAGAGGCGGAGGCUCCGGCGCGUCUCUCGCCUCCCCUUCAGCCUGAGCCGGGGGAGGCCGGGCGGCCCGGGUGGCUGGAGGGGGGUCCGCUGCCCAAGAAUGGGAAUUCUCUUCACCAGGAUAUGGAGACUAUUCAAUCACCAGGAGCACAAAGUUAUCAUUGUUGGGCUGGAUAAUGCAGGGAAAACUACCAUCCUUUACCAAUUUUCUAUGAAUGAAGUUGUACAUACAUCACCUACAAUAGGAAGUAAUGUAGAAGAAAUCGUGAUUAAUAAUACACGUUUUCUAAUGUGGGAUAUUGGUGGCCAGGAAUCUCUUCGUUCUUCUUGGAACACUUACUAUACUAACACAGAGUUUGUAAUAGUUGUUGUGGACAGUACAGACAGAGAAAGGAUUUCUGUAACUAGAGAAGAACUCUAUAAAAUGUUAGCCCAUGAGGACCUACGGAAAGCUGGAUUGCUGAUUUUUGCUAAUAAACAAGAUGUUAAAGAAUGCAUGACUGUAGCAGAAAUCUCCCAGUUUUUGAAACUAACUUCUAUUAAAGAUCACCAGUGGCAUAUCCAGGCAUGCUGUGCUCUUACUGGCGAGGGAUUAUGCCAAGGACUUGAAUGGAUGAUGUCACGACUUAAGAUUAGAUGAUCUCUACUGACCUCUUCUCACAGACUUUGUAUAAACGAAGUGCUGGACUUUACCUGAAAGCUGCAAAAAUUAAUGGUUUAGAUAUAUUUAUAAUAAACUGAUUUAAACUUUUUUCUAUAAGAAGAAAAAUUAAGACCACUUGUUUGAAAACAAAGAUGAAGUCUCACUUUCCAAUCUGCUUUCUCAUUAGUUCCUUCCAAAGCAAGGUCUUUAAAGCUGUGAUUGCUAUUUUUUUCAUAAUGAAUCCUCUCAGGACACUGUAUAGCCUGUGGUAAGUACAAAGGGAGAGGAAGACAUUUUUCACUUUAAGAGCUUUAUUGUCAGUAUAACCCUCCCUAGUUGAAUGUUAUUCUCUUCGUGUUCCAUUAAGUCAAAAUACAAAUCAGCACAGAUACUCAGUUUCCAAUUAAUGUUAAUUAUGAAAAGUAUUUUGCAUAAGGUUGUGUAUGUAUUGUGUAUAUACCUCAAAUUCAAGUUUAUGGCUUUGAUUAUGUUCUAAGGAAAAACAAAUAACACAAAAAAUAAUAAUAUCCUUUGUUAAUAAUCAUAAUGAGAUGAGUACUGGCAUUGGUGUUAAGUGCCAUUUUGUGCUUUGCCCCUUGUUUUGUGUAUUGUACUGACCAAUCCCCCAAAUCAUUGAGCUGCUCUUAAAAAAAAAAAGAAAGAAAAAAAGAAGAAAGCUCAACAGUGUGUACCUAUUUUUUGUUGAUCAAAUUACAUACAUGAAAACAUGUAAUCCAGCGGAGUGGAGUCUCUGCAGAUUUUUGGCUUAGUAUUAUGAAUGGACAGAAUUUCACGUUGAGCAGUUACCAGAUUGUUUCCUUUAUUGGAUCUGUGCCAUCUAAUUUCUAAAUUCUCUAAAUGAGAAAAUUGUUAAUCCAUUAAUCAAUCAUUAAUUGUGAUUAAAAUUAUCAAGUGAUUUUUUUUUUCCAACAUUAAUGGGAAGCUGUUGUGUAAAAUAUGUCUACCCAGAGAAGUAUCACCCUAUAAAUAUUAAUCAAAUAAUUUACCUAGAGUCUUCUUAGGUAUUGAAUUAUAUGUCAAUCAUUUAAAGGGAGUUUGAGAUGAAAAGCUUAUUUUUUAAACAACAAAGGUUAUUUCUUAAUUUGAAAA